AUGUCUACCUGGGGAAUUGGGGAUAGUCAUGACACGGAUGAGGUCCAAACAUUGAAAGAGACACUGCGGUCUAAAGAUGCGCAGCUUGCCACCCUCGGAGGGCAACUGAUGAAGCGGGAUGACGAUAAUAAGGGUUUCCAAUCUGCCUUGAACGAUGUAGUUGAGAAGCUCCGACGUGAAUCAGAUAGAGUACUCGAGCUCGAUGCAGCUUUGCACAAACGGAACGAGGAGCUCCAGAACGAGCGUCUCACUCGGCAGAACAUCGAACUGACAUUGCAUGCCAUCCAACAGAAGUUCGCGGGUUCCGAGCGUAGCCUCCAGGAGCUUCAGUCAGCAUUUGACGCAGUCUCUUCGCAGAGUGAUCACAUGGAAGCGGAACAACUGAAGACACAGACAGAGAAUACAACCUUACAGAGACGGAUUCUUGAUCUCCAACAGGCCUUAGCAGCAAAGGAACAAUCGGAGCAAAUUCUUCUUCGAGAAAGUCGGAGUUCAGCCGCUAGUGCAACAAGUAAUCGUAACCGACAACGCUCCUCUUCAAUAACAAAAAUGCAUAUCGCAUCCCUGGAGCAAGAGGUAUCCGAUGCCAAUACUCGUAUGGUCAAGCAUGCUACAGAGCUGUCGGACGCGAGGGAUCGCCUAGCUCGCGCGCAAGAAGCCGUCGUUCGCUUGGAGAACGAGAAGAUGGCGAUGGAGAAGCAAUGGAUGAGACGGGUACAGGAGAUGGAGACCAAGCUGGGAGAGCAUGAGGACGAUUUGCGCGCGCUUCGACAAAGCGGAGGGGCAGAUGCGGCGGCGAGGGAAGAAUCUCUCCUGGAAAGAUUGAACGACGAAGAAAGAAGGGUGAUGGCUCUGGAAAGUGAGCUUUCGAGAUCUUCAACAUCUCACGAGAGAGAACUGUCCCUCGUGAGGGCAGAACUUGAGCGAACUCAAAGGAUACUGGAAGAAGAGUAUCUGAGAACGCAGACCGCAGAGGGCAGGCUGAUUGACCUUGUCGGGGAGAAAGAGGAAGCUCUUGAUGAGCUGGAUAGGACCCGUGAACAAGCUCAGCAGCUUCAAAGGGAAUUUGAGCUAGCAACGAAGAGACUCGGAGAUCUAGAGACAAUGCAAGCACAUUCAAUUUCGGGACUCCAAGCGACCACACAGUCUCCCGGACCUGAUGCAGAGACUGCAGCGGCUGUGGAGCGCCUUCUCGGCGCCAUUGAGCGAUUACGCGGAGAACGAGAUCAGCUACGCCGAGACCUGGAAUUCCUCACCAUCGAACAUCAAUUUAGUGUGGAGCAUCUGAACUUGAAGCUCGCCGCCGCUAUUGCAUGUCCUGCAUCCCCCGCCUUGGACAUGGGUGGUCAGGAACAACCCGCAGCUCAUUGUCCUACACCGGCAAGACAAGAAGCAGCAGAUGGACGCUCAAUAUGCGGUCAAAAAGCUGCGAUGGUGCUGGCACUUGUCGUGCAACAUGUUCAUGCCGAGCAGCAGGAAGGCUUCUUGCGAAUGGAAGACCUAGAAGAAGAACUUGCCCACGUUCAAAGUUUACUCCAGGAGGCGCGCCGCGAAUUGGAGGUCAACGAAGUACAUAAACACCAGACGCACGCCAUUCAGGAGCACACGGAUGCCUAUGUUGGCCAGUUACAGGCGAUGCUGGACGACAGUACUCGAACUCUCCAGCAGGCGCAAUCUCAGAUCUCCGUUCUCGACGAUUCUAUCGAACGAUUGCAGGCAGAAAGUCUACGGGAGCGUGAGGCACACGACGACCUUGGCGUGGCUUUUGCCCAAACGGAAAGGCAGCUUUCCGAGGGUAUGCAAGCCCUUGCCAGCGUUGAGGAACAGAAAGACGCGCUUGCGUUGCAACUACGGCAUGCACAGCAAGACCUGGAGCGUACCCGCAACGAGCUGACGGAAGCGGACACUCGACAUCAGAGACAGCUGUGCGCGAUGUCUUCUGGAGAAUCAACUCGCGCAUUAUUGGACCAAAUCGCUACGUUGAAAGAUCGUGUUGAGAGGAGAACAGAACAAAUUGGCAUCCAUCAACAUGAUAUCAAGCGGCUUGAGACAAAUCUUCGGAUACAGGAAGACCGAAUUUCGGAGAUGGCGCUCGAGAUAGAAACGAUGCUUGGAGAAAAAGAGGUCAUGGUGGAGGAUUGUAGGACGACGAGGGAAACGCGUAACGAGACGCUGCAGCGAUGCGAGAUACUCGAGGAGAAAAACGAGCACCUCGAAGAGGAGACAGAGAGGCUUGCAUUAGCUCUCACAUCCGUUUCUGAACGCGAGACAAAUCUGAUGAAUGAGGUUCAGGCGCUAUCAAAUCGACUUCUAGAUGAGGAAGCACGCAGAGAAAACCUCGAAUUAAGCCUACUUCAGGUCGGAGCCGAUAAUGCCCGCCUCAUCGACGAGACAUCCCAUCUGGAGGCUAAGCGUGAACAUCUUACUCAAUCACUCGAAGAGAGGGGUCGCCUUCUGCAUGAUUUAAAGGUGGAGAGGGAUCUAGCAGCAAAUGAUAGCAUUCAGCUGUCCGUCGCUUUAGCUACGUUUCACAUUGCAUUGCAAGCGGCACAAUCAUCUUCUACACACGCUCAACAUUGCAGUCGCUCCUUUCAAGUGCAAGUGAUCAACUUGCAGCAGGAAAUACAGACUAGGCUGAACGUUAUAGCCACACUUGAACAACAAGUCAAGGACUUCCAAAGUCAACAGACCGUGAAUGCUGUUGCGGUGACGCAGCUCACUGAUCGACACGUUGAGGAACUGCACGAGCUCUCUCGUGUCAACGACGCUCUCCGUACUCAGCUGGAAGAGAAUGCACGCAAUUUGUUAGCGGAAGAAGCAUGUCGAAUGGAAUUAAGGGCAAUGCAAGCCAGGCAUGGCAGCGAGAUGGAGGAUUUGCAACGUCAACUCAGACGCAUCGAAGGGGAGCUUGACCUUGCGCGACGGCAAUGUGCGGAUGCAGUAGAAUCUCGUCAGCAAGCGCGAGACGCUCUGAAUUCCAUGAAAGCAGAGUUUGAAACCCAACUCGCAGAAGCUACGGCGAAACUACAGUCCAAAGACGUCACCGAGGACGAAAUGGCAUUGCUUCAGUCCCGCCAUGCAGCCGAGUUAGAAAUCCUCCGUGAGCAACUCAGCGUUGCCUCGUCAGACCUUGAGGACAGACAGAAGGCAUACGAAGAGCUAAGUAUAAAAUCUCACCAACUUUCCGAGAAUAUGGAGGUCCUCGUGGCUCAAAUCGCCGAAAAGGCUGAGAAUUGCCAGCGCGCAGAAGCCCAAAUGACUCAGUUACGCUCAGAUCUUGCUCAAGAGAAACAGAGUUUUCAAAAUCAAAUCGAGGCAAUCACUACAGAAUUACGACUUGCUAGGGAAACUGCAGGUGAACUUACAGCACAGUGCCAACAGCACAUCCGCGAUUCAUCUAGCAGGGAACAAGAUUUGAAGAGCCAACUGGUAUCCUCGCUCGAGGAAGUCGAGUAUUUGAAGGCAACGCUGCAAGGAGAGAUGGACCUGCAUACUCGCAGUCAGAAGAAUCAUGAGGUAGAGCUCCAGACCACUAGAGAGAAGGUUACGGCCUCCGAACGUUCUCGCGAGUGCUUAGAGAAGGACCUGGAGGACUUGCAUGCUCAAUUAGCUGAUAUGAAUACGCACUUGGAAGGGGUUUCGGCCGAAAAAACUAGCCUACAGUACGAUAAAACAAACAUGGAGGCGGAAAUCCAACGCUUGAAGUCUUUGCAACGAUUCCUAGAAAGCCAGACCAGAGAUAGUGAACUUCAGCUGGUGUCCUUGAAGGAGGAUCUGGAAAAAGUGCGCGUUGAUUCUAUCAGGUUUGAGAAAGACUGCAAAUCAGCGGAGGCCGCCCUCUCAAUGCGCGAGAUUCAGCACGAACAGACUCUUGCCUCGCUUCGCCGCGAGCUGAAUGCUCUUCGGGCAGACCCUAAGCUUGAAGACAGGUUGACGGAGCUCCAGGAGCGUAACCUGGAGAUGGAGGAACUUCUCAAAAGCAAAUGCCUGGAGAUUGAAGAAAACGAUGAUCGCUUCAUUGAAAUGCUAAAGGAGAAGAAGAAGCUUACCAGUAAGGUCGAAAGCCUCACUAGGAAGGUGCAUAAUUUGCAGGGUAAAUUGGCCGCUACGGGUGAGAGCAAUGCAACUGUGCCAGAAACUGGCGCUUCUGCGACGCCGCAUCACGACACCUCGGAUGCAAAUACCUCCAGAGUUGAUGCACUCAGUAACUUGAAAACAAGAAUGCCCUCCGGGUCCGUGCCUGCUGCACUCUCGAUUCCGGCGCCUCUGCCCAAUGUUUCUAAAACUCAGUCGCGAGUAGUUUCCGGAUCAGCCGUCUUGCCCAGACCGAAAACGCCAGAGAGAAGAACCACUCACCAGACAGUUUUCAGGGCACGCACGCCCGAGCAUAGUCGUGCAUCUUCCAGUACCGCACCCAUUCCGGCUAUGCCAGUUGCAGUUGCUUUGCCUUCAUCGUCCUCAUUGGGUAAGAAGAGGCGAGCCCCUGACGACUUCGAGGACUGUGAAAGUGUACCCCCGCAAGGUUUUACAAUCGACAGCGUUCCAAGCGUCGAGACUACCACGCCACGAGCGCGCAGAACCCUACACGCGAUCCGUACUGGGUUCACGCCAGUACGCUCUUAUGCAUCAAAUCAAGAGGCAUCCCAGCUGUCGCCUACGAGAACCACAAAAGGAGCGCCUCUCGACUCAACGAUUGCCGACGUCACAAAUAGUCCACGAGCGGCAUCCCGGACGGAUAGCACCAAAGCGACCAAGCGGGGCUGGCUAGGAAAAAUCAGAAGCGCGCCUGUUCAACCGUUGGCCGGCCGUUCUGUUUCAAAGCCUGAACGACGAUGA